GAAAAGACAGGGUACUUCAUGGCCUCUUUCGUUGUGAAUACAAAUUCAUGCUCAGCUCAAGAACACGCAAUCAAAAUAACGGGUGCUCACGGAUGUCCGUAAGUUCGUCUCAAUUUGACAGUCCACCCCAGCGCAUCAUCCUCAAAUCAGCCUUGAAGGCCCUCGAUCCAAGAGUGUCGCCGCCCAGAGCCUUUGAAACACAUGUGUCAGCCUUGCAUUGUUGAGACGUGGACAAGCUCCAAUUUACAGUUGGGGCUGAUGUCAUCCUUGUUGCCUUUGAUGCAGCCCUCCAGAGCCACGGUCCCUCCAAGUAUUUGUUUUGGAAGUGCGUGUGUGACCUAUGCGGACCCUCGAUAUCUGGCUGUUUUGACGUUUCGUGGUUGUGACUUUUCAAUGAAGAGAGAGCGGUGAUACGAAUUGGGAGGAAAAAUCUGCCCGUGGAAGGAGGAGAUCUGGAAGUGUGAUAAGAUCCCACUGGCACCUUUUAAAACGAUUCCAGUCCUAGAGAUCACUCAGUUGUGCCCCAUCUUUGGCAUUGACAAGUUCUCCUAAGAAGUCGCGAACAGCUCCAAUCCCUAGGACCCAAAUAUCAUCCAACAUGAUUUCCAGUUUUAGUCUGUUUGGCCUCUACAUGGGCUUGGCAGUGAUUGUUGUCGUCGUAAUUGUGAAGACCCUCUUGGAAAUCCUAUCCAUUCUAAAGAGAGGUCGGAGCCAAAGGAAGAACUUAAAUGCUCCCAAAGGACCAACUCCGUGGCCAAUUCUUGGAUCUUUGCACAUGUUGGGGAACAGAGAUAUCCCAUUUUCCGGACUGACAGAGAUCCGCGAAACCUUCGGCGAUAUCUUCUCCUUGAAAUUGGGCGAAACUGAGUGCGUGGUGGUAAAUAGUGUGGAAAUGAGGGACGAGGUUCUCAACGCCAAUCAAAAGGGCGAUGAUUUUGAUGCUCGUCCCAACUUUGAGCGGAUCCAAAGACUUUUUGGCGGAAACAAGGACAAUGCUUUGGCAUUCUGUGAUUUUUCACCCCUUCAAAAACUCCGAAGGGAGCUUAUGCAUAAAUUUACCUUCACGUACUCUCAUUCGGAAUUGUGGCACGAAAUGAACCGGAUUUGCAUGGACGAAGGCUCACAAAUGAUCCAUCAUCUUUCUGACUUGACCGCGGAAACUAACGCUGUUGACCUUAAGCUCGUGAUCCUCAAGACGUGCGGCAACAUCUUUAAUCGCUACUUUUGUGGAGUUGGUCACGCCUCAUUUGAUGACCAAAGUUUCGAGCAUUACAUUCGAAGCUUCGAUCAAGUUUUCUGGGAAGUGAACACCGGACGACUCUCGGACUUCAUCCCAUGGUUUAUCAGAUUUGAAAUGCUUCCCUUGUGGAAAGCCAAGAAAGCCACCGGAGUAGUGAGAAGCUACGUCGAUCAUGAACUUGUGGAGGCUACUGCUCAACACGAUAAUCCUCUUUCAUUCCUGGACAUCUUGAGACCCUACCUGAACGGAUCCAUGCCUGAUAUGGAUAGCGAGACGGCCUUGUAUUGUCUGGAAGACAUUUUGGGAGGACAUUCCGCCGUUGGGUGCAUGGUUUUGCGAGUUUUGAAGGAUAUCGCUGAAAACGCAGACACUCAAAAGAAAAUUAAGCAAGAGUUGGCUUGUGUGAAAAGCAUUACUACCCAUGACAUUGCUUCAUUGGAAAAUGCCUCCCAGUUGCAUUGGACUCGAGCAGCCAUCUUUGAGACAAUCCGACGCACCUGCUCACCCAUUGUGCCACACAAGGCCAUCAAAGAUUCAAGCGUCGGUGGAAAGCCGGUGGGCAAAGAUACGGUUGUCAUUAUCAACAACCAUCACUUGCACUUCAGUGAGGAGUUGUGGGGUCCAAACCCAGAAUCAUAUGACCCGACCAGAUUCUUGAAGAAGUGCGACCAAACCGGCGAGCACUUGUUUAUGCGACCAAUUCACUUCAAACCUUUUUCUCUCGGGAAGCGCUCUUGUAUGGGCUAUAAGUUGGUGGAAAGCAUCACACUCUCACUUCUCUCAAAUAUCCUGGAUCAUUUCACUCUCACUCCAGCCAUGACUAACUGGAAAAUACCCGUGGGCUUGCUAGGUCUCCCAGAUGAACCUUUCACCAUCAACCUUCUAUCGAAUGAGGACUAGCUUAUUCAAAUAACCAGGCCUCAUUCUGAGACUUGAAAAGCAUACUUGUCUGUGAUUCUAUAGAAUUUACCUUUGCAAAGGUAACGUUUUUGCCAAUUGGUUUUAUAUUGUAACAUCCGUCCACCCUUGGGUAUGGUGCGGUUUCUGGAGGGGGAGAAGGGUGGCGGCCACCAAAUGCGUGCCAAUGCGUGCCUGUAAAAAGAUCCCUCCCCCCUAGGUUGGUCUUUCAUGAAACCACACCAAUGUGAAUUAGUAAUCAAUUUAAUAUGUCAAUGAUUUCAAGUGUCCCGAAUCAACUUUGACAUUUAAAGAAACUCAAAGAUGGAAAUGCUCCUUCUCACGGUACUCAACUCGGAAUGUUACUCACCAUUCAAUCUCUAAGUGGAGCCAUUUUCUAAAAAAGGCUGUGAUGCUCUUUUAUUCUCCCUCCCUCUCUUUUCUUGGUUGUGAGAUAUUCUGGAUAUUGUUGUAGAUGCUUUGCAAAUGCCCAUCAUGUAUAUUAUCAAUAUAAUAUGAGCCAUUUGUUGCUUUGAAGAUUGUUUCGAAGUGUUAUGCUCUUUGUCAAAUAAAUACUAUCCAAGAAUUAUAAA